UUUUUUGGUAAGGUUGUGGGGUGGGGUGGGAAAGGCAGGAAAAGGGUGGGAAAGGAGGAGAGAGAGUAGUGUCGGAAGAGCAGGAGGAGGACAUGGAGAUGAAGAAGAAGAUUAACCUGGAGUUAAAGAACAGAGCCCCGGAGGAGGUGACAGAGUUAGUCCUUGAUAACUGCUUGUGUGUCAAUGGGGAAAUCGAAGGCCUGAAUGACACUUUUAAAGAACUAGAGUUUCUGAGCAUGGCUAAUGUGGAGUUAAGCUCCUUGGCUCGGCUUCCCAGCUUAAAUAAACUUCGAAAGUUGGAACUUAGUGACAAUAUAAUUUCUGGAGGCUUGGAAGUCCUGGCAGAGAAAUGCCCAAAUCUUACCUACCUCAAUUUGAGUGGAAACAAAAUCAAAGAUCUCAGUACAGUAGAAGCUUUGCAAAAUCUGAAAAAUUUGAAAAGUCUGGACUUGUUUAACUGUGAGAUCACAAACCUGGAAGAUUAUAGAGAAAGUAUUUUUGAACUGCUGCAACAAAUCACGUAUUUAGAUGGAUUUGAUCAGGAGGAUAACGAAGCCCCAGACUCGGAAGAGGAGGAUGAGGAAGAUGGAGAUGAAGAUGAUGAAGAUGAGGAGGAAGAUGAGGCUGGUCCCCCUGAAGGGUAUGAAGAGGAGGAGGAGGAUGAAGAUGAGGAUGAGGAUGAAGAUGAAGGAGGUUCAGAAGUGGGAGGAGGAGAAGAAGUGGGCCUCUCAUACUUAAUGAAAGAAGAAAUUCAGGAUGAAGAAGAUGACGAUGAUUAUGUUGAAGAGGGGGAAGAAGAUGAGGAAGAGGAUGAAGAAAGUCUUCGGGGAGAGAAAAGGAAACGAGAUGCUGAAGAUGAUGGAGAGGAGGAAGAUGAUUAGAUCAUUCUACGAUCAGAUUCCCUUUUGUCCCUGGGUGUGCAAUAGAGUGAUCAUAUCUUCUCUGUUUCUUGUAUGACAGCUAUCCCUACAGAAGAUAAUGUGUAACUUUUUAUAGGAAAAGUGUGGUUUUACUAUUUUUGCCUUAUCAUUCCAAUUAAGAUACUAGUCUGUUAAUGAUCAUAAUGUAUGUAGAAGAGGAUCUUCAUUAACCCCACUCCCCCCCAUUGUGAAAUUCUCUAGCAUUGUAUUUGGAAUCUUAAUUUUUCUAAUUCAUGCUUACUGUAUUAGACAUUUUUAGCCCAUAAUUAAAACUUGUUUGCUUUUA